CUCUCAAACCGACGUCGCUUAAGGCUGUCUGCACAAAUUCUAAACCAAAGCAACAAAAGCCCGGAACCCUAUCCACAAAACCCACGGAAAAACCUUAUUCGAUUAUAAAAUUGGACGCUGAAUUGAGAAUCCGAUAAAGAAAAGAUGUCGACGGUGUACGUUCUAGAACCACCGACGAAGGGGAAAGUGAUACUCAACACGACGUACGGCCCUCUGGACAUCGAGCUCUGGCCCAAAGAAGCCCCGAAAGCCGUUCGGAACUUCGUGCAACUAUGCCUCGAAGGCUAUUUCGACAACACAAUCUUCCACCGCAUUAUUAAGGGUUUCCUCGUUCAAGGUGGUGAUCCCACUGGAUCCGGCGCCGGUGGUGAAAGUAUUUAUGGGAGUGUGUUUCCGGACGAGUUUCAUUCGCGUUUAAGGUUUAACCAUAGGGGUAUUGUUGCUUGUGCCAAUGCUGGUUCACCUCAUUCGAAUGGGAGUCAGUUCUUUAUAUCUUUGGAUAAAUGUGAAUGGCUUGAUCGAAAAAACACUAUUUUUGGAAAGGUUACUGGGGACUCUAUAUUUAAUAUUCUGAGGAUAGGUGAUGUUGACACUGAUCAGAAUGACCGGCCUUUGGAUCCUCCUCCAAGAAUCAAAUCAGUUGAGGUGCUGUGGAACCCUUUUGAAGAUAUAGUUCCGAGAGUAUCUUCAAGGCCUUUGAUCCAGCCCACUGCCGAGGUUGAGAGCAAAGAUUCGAAGAAGAAACCUGUUAAAAAGCUGAACCUGCUGUCAUUUGGAGAAGAAGCUGAAGAAGAAGAGAAAGAAUUGGCAGCAGUAAAGCUAAAGAUUAAGAGUAGUCACGAUGUAUUAGAUGAUCCCCGUCUCCUAAAGCAAGAAAUUCCUGAUAAAGAACAGGAUUUAUCUGAUGCCAAAACUACCAAGGAUGUGCAAUUGUCUGUCAGGGGAGCUCUAAGAUCAAGGAGAGAAGGAGAACAAAAGGAUGCAGAAGCUGAGUUGUCUGAUGCCCUUGAUCAUAGUGAUGAUGAUGAGGCCAGUUUUGAUGCACGAAUGCGUCGUCAGAUACUAAAUAGACGGAAGGAGCUGGGAGAUCUCCCAUCUAAACAAAAGAUGCAAAAUGGGAGCUCUAAACCAAAUGACCGUAAAAUUUCUGCACCAAGGUCCAAUGAUGAAAGUACUGAUGAUGACCAACCAAGGGUGGAAAAGCUGUCCCUGAAGAAAAAGGGUAUGGGAUCAGAAGCCAGAGCUGAGCGCAUGGCUACUGCUGAUUCAGAUUUACAGUUGUUCAGUGAGGCUGAACGAGGAAGAUUAUUGCAAAAACAGAAGAAGCGUAGACUUCAAGGACGUGAAGAUGAAGUUUUAGUAAAACUUGAGAAGUUCAAGCAAUCUAUUUUCACAAAAUCAUCUGCUUCAAGUAGUGAGCCUGGAGGUGGUGAUAAUGAGGAUUUGUCUGACUGGAAAGCUGUUCGGUUAGAGUUUGCUCCUGAUACCAAGGAUCGUAUGUCUCGCAAGGACGACCCAAAUGACUAUGUGGUGGUUGACCCUCUUUUGGAGAAGGGGAAAGAAAAAUUCAACCGGAUGCAAGCCAAGCAAAAGCGACGGGAACGCGAAUGGGCUGGCAAAUCUCUUACUUAAUCUAUCCUUGGCUGAUGAAAAUGAUGAGUUGGUUCACAUGCCUGUCUGUCUUUUGCUUUGACAGUUAGGCUGCUGCACAGAUAUGGGUUCUACCAUUAUGCAGCCAAAGUCCCAAGAUUCAAACAUUUGGGGCUGAUUUUCUUCUUACCAAGGAAUUAGGUCUCGAUAUUGGUAUAGAUAUCAAAUUGCUAAUAUAUCAAAUGGAAAUGUUGGAUAUAAAAGUAUCGGUAUCAAUUGGGUAAAUAUGAUGGAAACUUAGUGUUAUAAAUUUUGAAUGAAACUUUAGUUUAUAUUCAUUCAUACAUAUUUGCAUAUUUUAGUGUCAUAGUAUAAUAAAUAUAACAUGUUAAGAAUAUUACACUUAAUAUAGACAAGAUUUUGCAUUGUCGAAAAUAUAAAGAAGCAAAAUUAAGAUUUGGAGAAAGAUCUAGAUUAAUGUGUUGAAAUAACUUUAAAUAUAUGAAAUAGGGGUUAUUGUUAUUUCCAUAUAUUGGAAUAUAUGGUUUUUUUUUUUCAAUUAUGUAAAUAUUUCUUUUUUAAAAAAUAUUAAUGGGUUUUUGCAGUUAGACUUGUGGAUUAGUCGUGGAAAUCAUCAUGAUAUUUCCAUAUGUGAUAAUCAAACUUUAGCUGAAGAAUGGUCUUCGGUCUAAACAGUGAGAAAUGGUUGGAUUUGGAUGAAAAUUGAAUGUGAAUGGUUUUUGGGUCUUUGCCAAACCCACAAAGAUUUGGAAAUUCCACUAUUUGAGAUCAAUCAUCCUGGCCUGAGGCAACAAGGGGGAGGUUUCUCAAUAUCUCCAAUAGCUUUGGCAAGAAGAAUGCAGUCCUUCUAG